AUGAAAGCCCUCAUUCUCGUUGGUGGCUUCGGCACCAGACUGCGACCUUUGACUCUCUCCAAACCCAAACCCCUCGUUGAAUUCGCCAACAGACCCAUGAUUCAGCAUCAAGUCGAGGCCUUGACCGCCGCUGGCGUCACAGAUAUCGUACUCGCAGUCAACUACCGCCCAGAGAUCAUGGAAGGAGCCCUGAAAGAGUACUCGGAACAAUACAAGGUCAACAUCACAUUCUCCGUCGAACAGGAGCCUCUCGGCACUGCCGGUCCAUUGAAACUCGCCGAGAAUGUGCUCGGAAAGGAUGACACCCCUUUCUUCGUCCUGAACUCCGAUGUCAUUUGCAACUAUCCUUUCCAAGAAUUGGCCAAGUUCCACGCUUCCCACGGUGAUGAAGGUACCAUCAUUGUCACCAAGGUUGAAGAGCCCAGCAAAUACGGCGUCGUGGUUCACCGAGAAAACCACCCCUCUCGUAUUGACCGCUUUGUUGAAAAGCCGGUCGAGUUCGUCGGAAAUCGUAUCAAUGCUGGCAUCUACAUCUUCAACACUUCCGUUUUGGAUCGAAUCGAGCUUCGACCUACCUCCAUCGAACAGGAGACCUUCCCUGCCAUCUGCAAAGAUGGUCAAUUGCAUUCCAUGGACUUGGAUGGUUUCUGGAUGGAUGUCGGACAACCCAAGGAUUUCCUGAGCGGCACAUGCCUCUAUCUUUCAUCCCUGACCAAGAAGCACUCCAAGGACCUUGUCCCAGUCUCGGAGCCUUUCGUCUAUGGCGGAAAUGUUCUGAUCCACCCCACAGCCAAGGUCGGUAAGAACUGCCGCAUUGGCCCUAAUGUCACCAUUGGACCUGGUUGCGUUGUCGGUGAUGGUGUCAGAUUGCAGAGAUGCGUUCUGUUGAAGGAUAGCAAAGUCAAGGAUCAUGCUUGGGUCAAGUCUACCAUCGUUGGCUGGGGAUCGUCAGUUGGCCGGUGGGCUCGACUGGAGAAUGUCACUGUCCUCGGUGAAGACGUCACGAUUGGUGAUGAGAUUUACGUCAAUGGUGGAAGUGUUUUGCCUCACAAGAGCAUCAAAGCCAACGUCGAGGGUAAGUUUGGCGCCUCCCGUCUCGCUUAG